GCGGGGCUCCCGCGCCGGUCACGUGAGGGGCCCGGCGGUAGCGGCGGCGGCGGCCGCGGCGUUUUCAGCGGCGCCCAGUGCAGGAUGGUGCUGGAGGCGGCGGCGGCCGUGGUGGCUGCGGCGUCGUUGGCGGUAGCGGGAAGGGGUGCGGUGGCGGCAGUGGCGGCGGAGCCCGCGGGUGGUAUAAAAUGGCGGAUUUCGAGGAGUUGAGGAAUAUGGUUUCUAGUUUUAGGGUUUCUGAACUACAAGUUCUACUAGGCUUUGCUGGACGGAAUAAAAGUGGGCGCAAGCAUGACCUCCUGAUGAGGGCGCUGCAUUUAUUGAAGAGUGGCUGCAGCCCUGCGGUUCAGAUUAAAAUCCGAGAAUUGUACAGACGCCGAUAUCCACGGACUCUUGAAGGACUUUCUGAUUUAUCCGCAAUCAAAUCCUCGGUUUUCAAUUUGGAUGGUGGCUCCUCGCCUGCGGAGCCUGACUUGGCUGCGGCUGGAAUCCACGCGUUGCCUUCCACUUCAGUUACUUCUCACUCACCGUCCUCUCCUGUUGGUUCUGUGCUGCUGCCAGACACUAAGCCUGCGUUUGAGAUGCAGCAGCCAUCUCCCCCAAUUCCUCCUGUCCAUCCUGAUGUGCAGCUAAAAAACCUGCCCUUUUAUGAUGUCCUUGAUGUUCUCAUCAAGCCCACAAGUUUAGUUCAAAGCAGUAUUCAACGAUUUCAAGAGAAGUUUUUUAUUUUUGCUUUGACACCUCAACAAGUUAGAGAGAUAUGCAUAUCCAGAGAUUUUUUGCCGGGUGGCAGGAGAGAUUAUACAGUCCAAGUUCAGCUGAGACUUUGCCUGGCAGAGACUAGUUGUCCUCAAGAAGAUAACUAUCCCAAUAGUCUGUGUAUAAAAGUGAAUGGGAAGCUGUUUCCUUUGCCUGGUAUUGCACCACCACCUAAAAAUGGAAUUGAGCAGAAGCGCCCUGGACGGCCCUUGAAUAUUACGUCUUUAGUUAGGUUGUCCUCAGCUGUGCCAAACCAGAUCUCCAUCUCUUGGGCAUCAGAGAUUGGAAAGAAUUACUCCAUGUCCGUAUAUCUUGUACGACAGCUCACUUCAGCCAUGUUAUUACAAAGAUUAAAAAUGAAAGGUAUUAGAAACCCUGAUCAUUCCAGAGCACUAAUUAAAGAAAAACUUACUGCAGAUCCUGAUAGUGAAAUUGCUACAACUAGCCUUCGGGUAUCCUUGAUGUGCCCUUUAGGGAAAAUGCGGCUGACAAUCCCAUGCCGUGCAGUGACCUGUACACAUCUGCAGUGUUUUGAUGCUGCCCUUUAUCUACAAAUGAAUGAGAAGAAGCCUACUUGGAUUUGUCCUGUGUGUGACAAAAAAGCUGCCUAUGAAAGUCUAAUAUUAGAUGGGCUUUUUAUGGAAAUUCUCAAUGAUUGUUCUGAUGUGGAUGAAAUCAAAUUCCAAGAAGAUGGCUCUUGGUGUCCAAUGAGACCGAAGAAAGAAGCUAUGAAAGUAUCCAGCCAACCGUGUACAAAAAUAGAAAGUUUAGGUGUCCUCAGUAAGCCUUGUGCAGUGACUGUAGCCAGUGAGGCAAGCAAAAAGAAAGUGGAUGUUAUUGACCUAACAAUAGAAAGUUCUUCUGAUGAAGAGGAAGACCCUCCUGCCAAAAGGAAAUGCAUCUUUAUGUCAGAAACACAAAGCAGCCCAACCAAAGGGGUUCUCAUGUAUCAGCCACCUGGAAGGGUGCCCAGUGUGACUUCGGUUGAUCCUGCUGCUAUUCCGCCUUCAUUAACAGACUACUCAGUACCAUUCCACCACACGCCAAUAUCAAGCAUGUCAUCAGAUUUGCCAGGUUUGGAUUUUCUUUCCCUUAUUCCAGUUGAUCCCCAGGCUCCAUUUUGGCCUGAGCUCCCCCAAAAGACAGUAAGAUCUACUGAGCCAAAGGCAGUCCACCCCAAACUGGAAAAGUGGUAAGGCUCAAAGAAAAAGCAGGGCUUGUUUUACUUUGUAUUUUAUUUUAUGUUGCCAAUCAAGUCUCACUCCUGACUGUUCUAAGGGCACUUGUGGGGAAAGGACAAUCAUCACCGUCUUCGGAUGGCCAAGACUCCAUGUUUUCUUGGUUGACACGACACGUUCAUUACCCAAGCCUCCCCCCACCCCACCCUUCUGAGUAGCGUUUAGAGCUGCUUUUACUUCAUAUUCUUGAAACUUAAGUCUUCACUUGAGUGAAGAAUGUUGUAGUGUUAUAAAGUAGGUUGGGCUUCUUACUUGGCCUUCUUCAAAAUACUCAGUAUGUGAGAUGCAGUCAUGUAAAAGACCUAAUCUCAGGAUUAAAGGGUUAUAAUGAAGUUUUCAAAAACUGAGAAUUCUUUUGUAGUAUCAAGUACUCUGUUGAAAAUGUCCCAAGAAUAUUUCAUUCUUUGCAACAGCUAAUUAAAGGAAAGGGUGUUCACAAAUGAAGACACAUUUAGGUAAGUCUCCCAAAGUCCCAGUGAAUGAAUGGUGGGAAUCUGACUUCAGCGGAUCCAUAAAGUCCUCUGACUAAACAGAAGUGGUGUUAGUUAGCUUUGCUGUUUGGGAGAUGGAUAUAAGAAUCUUGACAAAAAAUUGGGAGAACUGGAUUCAGAUGAUGGCUGUGUAAUAAGGAUGGAAUGGGUACUGGGGCCUUUGCAAAGGAAGACUCAAGAUUCAGUGACUAAAUAGAAGUAGGAAUAAGGGCUAAAUUCAUUUCUCAAGCCUGGGGGAUGAUGGUGCUAUUCUCUCCCUAUCCUUUUAUAACUUGGAGGAUGAUGGUGCUAUUUCCUAAGACAAGGGACAGGAUGGAGAUGAGUCAUUUAGAAGAGACAGUGAUGAGUUUGAUACUAAGCAUGAGAAGAAGCAUCCAUGAGAUUUGUGCCUGGUCUUUCUGUGAUGUUUUUCAACAAGUACAAAUCUCCUUUGUCACCCACUUCCACCGUCGCUUCAUUUCGUGCCUAUUUUAGCUACCCCCAGUUGUCUGUCCGAUCCGUCCUUUGUGGACCAUGCUUGGUUGCGUCAACCUUUCUUUUGCAUUUUCUCUUCACUUUCUUGCUCUCACAAAUUUGGCUGAAUCCUUAGCUCUGCCAUCUCUGCAGUCUGUUGUAAUGCUUCAAAAUUCUGUGCUUUCAAAGGCCAUGCCGUGAAGUUAUCCUUUUAGCUCCCCUGUUCACGGGGAACCACCUUGUCAUUCGCUUUGCAUUGCUGAAGGCUUCGCUUCCUGAAUCGCAGUGUUCUUAGCCGCCUCCAAUCCUAUCAUUUUGUCUCCAGCAUUCUUUUGGAUUACUAACAGUCUAGAGCUUGUAAGGUUUUUGGUGGUUUGACCUCUAACAUUUUUUCCACUGAGCCUGUAGAGUUCCCCUGCUGCUUGUUUACCCUCACUGUGUGUUUUCACUGCUCGACCAGUGUGGACUGCUCCACUCUCAGUAGUGUCAGUCCUCCCCACUCCCUUCAGAGUGGGCCUGCCGUGUGCCUGUUCUCAUCAGUCAUAACGAGUGUCAACACUGGCCUUGUCCAACCAGACGCUUCUCAGGAGAUGACCUUGCUGUGUCGUUCAGUUGCACCAUUUCACCACACCAAGCCACGGGGAAUGAGGUGGGCCUUUAAGGCCAGUUAAACUCCACAGGCCCUUGACUUUUGUCUUCUGUCAUUUUCAGAAUCUUCUUUUCAUCAAACUUUCUUCCUCCAUGUCUUUCAUCUUUUUGCCUUUUUUUUUUUCUUGGCUUGCAGUUGUGGUAGGCAUUAUGGCAGAGACUUGGAACACAAGACAGGUACCUACUCUCAUCAGAGUUGUAUGUACAGAGGAGUGAAAUGGGAAAAUUACGAUUUCAAUGGUAAAAGGUGAAACGCAGAGUGCUGUUAGAGCACAUAGAUAAGGCAAUUUAUUUGAUGGAAAUAACAUACAAAUAGAAACAGGAAGGUUGAUUAAAAAUGGCAAAAGUAAUGAAAAUGUUCGGGGUAGCUGGAAGUUUCUGAAGGGCUGUUGAGAGAAAUACGCAGAAAUAGAUUGCAAGGCCCAUAUGAAACAAAGCAUGAGUUCUCAUGAUCAUUAACAGUAGUGACCAGUUGAGUUUGCUGUGAUUAGUUCCCUUUUACUGAGAGGGUAGGGAUUUGCCUGAGAGUUUGCACUUUGAAUUAGCAUGUCAGGCUUCAAACUUAGAGUGGCCCUCCCUGAUCGUUCUAUCGAAAGUGGGUGUUCCCAGCCUCCAUCACAUUACCCUGUUUAUAUCCCAUAUGGCAUCUUUCACAACCUUAAUAUUUUAUGUAUUGGCUUACUGUGUUGUGUGUGUUCCCUACUAGAUUGUAAGCUCCAUGAGGGCAGGGCUAAUACGUGAUCUUUACUUGCAUCCCAGAUCCUAAUAGGUGUGUGGUGCAUAGUAGGUGCUCAAUAAAUAUUUGAACAAAUGAGGCAGUGAUGGAUAACUGCUUGCGUUUGAUUUUUGUUGACUGGAAAUGUAAUAUCCAUGGAAAAUGUAGCACCUAAGCAGCAGGCAUUCACCAAGAGAGGAAAGCAUGUUUGGGGUAGUUGAUAGAAGUGAUGGGUGCCAGGAAAUUAGGAGGAAGGCAUACACUGACCUUCUAGACUCCCGGCAGCCUAUAAGGGCAAAGAUCACACAGGCAGUGCAUGUGUUGUGUUAAACCUGGAAGUCUUAAGUGACCCCUUGUAGGCCCGGCCUACUGUAUGUAUGUAAGGCUGGGGAUGUUAUGUGUGUAACCUCUAGAUUAUGUACUGAGAAGCACUUCAUCUGGAUCAGGUGUACCACACCACGUUAUACAGCAUAAUUGUAGUUGUAAACAUAAUUUAGCAUUGCCAGUCUCUUAAGGCCAGCCAGCUGACCCAAAUCGUUGUUGGACUCAGUGCUUUUGAACAGAAAGCAAGAAUCGGUUUUUGCUGUCUCUAAGUUGUGCCCAUGUAUUGUUACAUGAGCUAAGGGCAUAUCCUCCAGCAUGUGAGUGGCAGUUCUGAGGCCGUGAAAGGGUAUGAAUUCAUCCAGAGGCACUGGCGAGUGAAAAAAAAUUAGAAGAGAAGCACACCAAGGAGAAGGGGAGGAAGCAGCCGAGAUAGAGGGAAAGGAUGUGGAGUAUUUCAAGAAGAGCGAUCCCUGGAGUUGAAAGCCGAUACAGCACAAACAUUUCAUUUUAAAACCUCAAUUUCAAAAGCAUCCUACUUGAAGCUAAGUUACCUGGUUAUAUAAUAUUUAUGUGAACAAAGGGAAAUUAAACUUGAUUCAACUAUGACUCAAUGCUUUUAAUCCUUGAUUGUAAGAUGUAUCCCAUUAAAAUGCAGGGAAGAAGUGAAUAUACAUUUCAGGAUAAUUUGUCUUCCUUUGGCUUUCUCAGCUGGGCUCUACCUAGUCAUUUCAUCAAGAGCAAUUUUAGUGGAGUGAAGAAGGUAAAUUAAGGUUGGAGCAGGGUGGGUUUUUUUUUAAAUACAAUAGGCAAAUAUAGACUCUGAGAAACUGGCUGUGAUGAAGGGUAAGGCUGUGGUGGUAGAAGUGUAUGUGGUUGUGGCCAGCGCCGUGGCUCACUAGGCUAAUCCUCCACCUGCAGCGCCGGCACCCUGGGUUAUAGUCCUGGUUGGGGCACCAGAUUCUGUCCCAGUUGCUCCUCUUCCAGUCCAGCUCUCUGCUGUGGCCCUGGAGGGGAGUGGAGGAUGGCCCAAAUCCUUGGGCCCCUGCACCUGCAUGGGAGACCAGGAAGAAGCACCUGGCUCCUGGCUUUGGAUCAGUGCGGCACCAGCCAUAGCAGCCAUUUGUGGGGUGAACCAACGGAAGAAAGACCUUUGUCUCUUUCCCUCACUGUCUAGCUCUGCCUGUCAAAAAAAAAAAAAAAAAAAAAAAAAAAAGUGUAUGUGACUGAGGGCAUUGUGCGCUUUUUGUCAAGGUGUAGGAGCCACGAGUCUCAUGGAAUCAGCAGAGAGAGAAGGGGUGACCAAGAUCCUUGGUACACCAGAUUUCCUGCCCAUGGUUUGGCUGUGGUGUAGUCAGCCAGGUUCAUGGAUUGGAUGCUUGUGUCCCUGUGUGGUAAUGUGAGAACAUGGGACCCUUAGAGGUGCGGUGCAGUGGGAAGUACUUGGGCCAUCGAUGUCAUCCUCAGAAGGGAUUAAUGAGUACUCAGAGGACCUUGGUUAGUUCUCGGAACAGUGUUUUUCUUCAAGAGCGAGCCCAGCCCCUCUGUAGUCUGCCCAAGACCUCUUCUGCCUGUGUUCCCACCGUGAGCCUUUCACCAGAGGCUGAAUCAAGGGGGCUGCCUGUUGAAAACGCCAACAUGUGACCCAGAUAAGCCCAGCCUCAGGCCUUCUGUUAAAAGCAGUGGAAAACAGACUCCAGGUUCCUCAUGAGGAGGAGGAACUUUGGGUCCAGAUCCGAGGAUGGGCAGAGAUACAGGCAUGUAUGUCUUUUUUGAAUGGCAAAGAGUUGAGAUUUCACCUGAUGGUUUCCGGUCUUUGAGAACCAAGUGAUGUAGCUGCUUCCAGAAGUGGAAAGGAAUAGGGAUAGAGGUACAAAACAGCUUAACAUCGUGGUCCUAAAGAAUUGAAGAAUGGACUAACAGUGAGUGGGUUGGAUACCAUACUAAGAGUGGCAUCAGCGUAUUUGAUGUCAUUUCCCUGUACUGUCAAGGCCAUAGUUGUGGAAGAGGUCAGUCGCUAGAUUUAUGCAGGGUUGAGAUUUUUUUCAUGUUGAUGAAACACAUGGGUGGCAGUGAUAACAUCUUGAAGAUUCUGGCAGUAGCUGACAUGCUGGAAUCUCAGCUGCUGUCACUCCUGAAAUUUUUGCUGAAUUCAAAAUGUGCUCAUAAUUGCCAAGUCUCUCAGACUUGAUUUUUAUUAGCUUCACUGUGUGCUGCAUGUGACACGGCUGAUUCUGUUCUCUGGUUAUUGUGAAAACGUACUUUGUCCACUUUAACUCCCUUCUGUCUGCUCUGGAAAUGUAAUCAUGGGUCUGUAAUCCUGCUUGGUUAGUGGCAUUUCCAGCCAAUUGACCCACUCUGUGCUCUACAUUAUGAAAAGGUGAGAAUCUUUUAAAAUGAGAAGAAAAGAAUUGAACAACAUGAUUUAAUGAACAUAUAGACCACUGUGUUGAACAACUCAGUAUGUGAUUAUUGUUGAGUACAAGUGGGACAUUUCACAAUACUAGGCUAUAAAUUUCAAAAGGUGGAAAUACAGAAAUAUGUUUUCUGACCACAAUGCGGUUAAUCUAAAAUUCAGUGAUAACAGCAUUUGAGAAAUCCCACAUGUGGAACUUCCGAAACCUAUUUCUAGAUCAUGAGUUCAAGAAAAUGUACUGGAAAUUUGGAGCAUAUUUAGCAUUGAAUGACAAUGAGAAUGUGAUACAUCCAAACUUCUGGGAUGCAACUAGAGUGUUAGAGGGACUUUUUAGACACAGGUGUUUGUCCUAAAAGCUGAAAGUGGACGAGACAGAUCUUCAAUAAGAGUACCAUUAUGCAUGUUUUUGAAAAGGGGAAAAAUAAAAAGAAAUAGACUGAUAUUUGAAGGUGCUUUUUUGAAAAGACUAAUAAAAUCAGCAAGCUGGUGAAACUGAUCAAGAAAAAGAAGAAACAAGUAUUAAAUAUCUGUAUUAAGAGACAUGACUGGAAAUGCUGCAGCCAUUGAAAAGCAGACAUACAGUGUCUUUCAAUGCACAUCAAUAAAAGGAAGGGAAAAGCAGCUAAGGGUGUCCCACCUCCUCCACACACAUGCUCAGACCACUUUCUGAACCCGCUCAUCUGUCAGCUACUCAUUAGCCUUGAUCUUGCCCUCCAUUCCUGUGACUUCUGUGGAACUGAAAGCCAUGUCCUCCAAGUCCUCAGGUUUCACCUUGUGGUCGGCUGCCUCAUCUUGUCUGUACAUCAGCUCCUCGUAUCUUCUAAAAGCUGGGGAAAUAAGGCAACGCGGGACUGGUGAAUCCAGUGUUAUGCUGUUGAAGUGUUUUUAUCCUGUGCUCUUGGGCAAGAUAAUGGGAAAAGCAGAUAGAAGAGAGCAAGUAGGGAAAGUUCAGGAUGAUCGGAAGUGUACAGAUAACUGCAUUUAAAACUAUUUAAACAAACACAGAUUGGGUCCAAGUCUGUGGCAGUAAAUUUGAAAUUGUAAUUUGAACAGUAAUAGGGAAAUGUAAUUUACUGAAAAUUGCCUCUAGGAGAAAUUGAAAAUCUGAAUUGUUUUAAAAUUAUUUUAAAAACCUCAGUGGAUAACUUCCCACAGUGAAAACCCAGUGAGUUAACCAAAAACUCAAAAAAUUAACUUCAAUCUUAACACAAACCGCACCUGAGCAUGAAAAAGGCAGAAAUACUCCCUACUCACUUAACCUUGACUGCACUUACCAGGAUAGCAUGAAAAAGGAAAUGAAGCUGUUACCACUCGUGAAUACUAUAUUUUAAUUUUCUCAUUUUAUUUGAAAGAUCUUAAAACCCAUUGAUCGGUACCCUAAAUACCUGCAUCAGGCAGGAUCCUGCAACUCUAUCCCGAGUCCCCCAGGUGGGCGUCAGGGACCCAAGUAUAUGAGCCAUCAUCUGCCUCCCAAUUGAUGUAUUAGCAGGAAACUGAAACUGGAAUCAGCCAGGACUCAAACCCAGGCACUCUGACACGGGAGGCAGGCAUCCCAAGUGACAUCUUACACACCAAGUACAGGUACCCUAUUUUGAGAAUUUUAAUUUGCAAUGUGAAUCGGAAGUAUUCAGAAGGGUAACAAGUCAUGAAUUAGUUGAAUUUAUCUUGAGAAUUCAAUCAUGGCUUAACAUAAGAAAAAUAGUCAUUGUAAUACAUUCCAUGAACAGAUUAAAGGAGCAAAAUCAUACAAUUAUCGUAAUAGAUGCAAGGGGGAAAAAGCAGUUGACAGAAUUCAGCAUUUUUUAACUGGAAUGCUAAUAAAUUUUCUUAACCUGACAAAGCUAUCUUAGGAUGUUAGUAAAGAAGGGUUCAUCCAACGAUAGAGUGAAAAGACAAACUACGUAUUGAGAUAUUUGCCACAUUCAUAGUACCAACUCCUAGAAUCAGAAAACACGAGAUGUUCCUGGGAAUUGCUAAACACUGUAAAAUAUUAAGUGGGAGAAAAGUGGGCACAGGCAGUUGACAAAGCACUGAAGACCACUGUCAACAUGUAAAAGGAUGUUUGCACACUUGUGUGUGUGAGUGGUGUGAUACAGGAUGUACCAUACUGGCCGUUAGUAGAGUUCGGUCACUGUGCACUCAGUUGAAGUUUGAGGGAAGUGCUGACAAAGGGAACUUCGAUUUACUGUGGGAGAAUGAGGACAUCUGUGUGGGGAAAGUGCAGCCUUCUGUGGUGUGAUCAUUUUCAGUGUCAACUUGAUUAAGGAAUGUCGUAAAAGCCUGGGGAGGCAUUAUUUUGGGGGUGUGUGUUGGGGGGUGGGGAUGUUUCCAAACAAGAUACGUGAGUCUCUGUGGACUGCGCAGUAAGUCCUGACCUUGAUUUGGACGGGCUCCAUCCAUUGGCUGGGGACUGGAGAGCUGAGCUCUGAGAGCCAGGACUCCCAACUCAUGCCUUGGACGCCAGAACUUGGGCCUGUGGCCCCCUGCCUGCACCCAGGCUUUCAGCUACAGACUUAGAAGUUGCACCUGCAGCUUCCCUGGUUCUGACACCCUCAAAAUUGGACUGAGCCACCUGACUGGCAUUGUGGGGUCUUCAGCCUGCAGACCUGUUGCAGGACUUCCUCAGCUGCCAUAAUCGUGUGAGCCAGUUGCCCUAAUCCAUCUUUAUGUGUAUGUAUAUACGUAUACACACACACACAUGAACACAGCACAUACCUUAUGGAUACUGUGAAAAACCCUGACUAAUCCGCCUAGUAAAUUUAUACCUCAAGCAUGCUUUAUAACCCAGUAGUUUCACAGAAGGAUGUAUAUAAAGUUGAUAACAUCUGUAAAAUAAAACUAUGGGGGUGGGUUUUUUUUUUAAUGCCAAUUUUUAAAGAUUUAUUUAUUUGAAAGGAGGGGCAGAGAGAGAAAGGUCUUCCAUCCUCUCCCCAGUUGGCUACAUUGGCCAUAGCUGUGCUGAUCCAAAGUCAGAAGCCAGGAGUUUCUCGUGGGUGUAGGGACCCAAGGACCCGGGCCAUAGUAGAGUGCUUGAUUGGAAGUGGAGCAUCUGGGACUAGAACUGGUACCCAUAUGGGAUGCCUGCGCCUCAGGCCAGGGCAUUAACCCUCUGUGCCGCAGCACCGGCCCCAAAGGGGGUGGUUAUUAAGAAGAGGCCAGUGUUGCAGCAUAGCAGGUAAAGCGUCCACUUGGGAUACUAGCAUCCCAUAUCAGAGCACCAGUUCCCAUCCUGACUACUCCACUUCUGAUCUAGCUUCCUGCAAAUGUUCCUUGGAAAGCAGUGGGAGAUGGCCCAAAUGCUUGGGUCCCUGCUACCCAGGUGGGAGAUCCAGAGUUCUAGUUCUGGGCUCCUAGUUUCAGCCUGGCCCAGCCCUGGCUAUUGCUGCCAUUCGGGGAAUGAACAGUUCUCUCAGCUUUGAUGUUGGGUAUGUAAUUGUUUGCCUCGUUUUUAAAAAUUCAUAUAUUCGGAGCUGGCACUGGUGCAGCAGGUUAACACCCUGGCCUGAAGCGCCAGCAUCCCAUAUGGGCACCGGUUCUAUUCCCGGCUGCUCCUCUUCCGAUCCAGCUCUCUGCUGUGGCUUGGGAAAGUGGUAGAAGAUGGCCCAAGUCCUUGGGCCCCUGCACCCGUGUGGGAGACCUGGAAAGAAGCUCCUGGCUCCUGGCUUUGGAUCAGCGAAGCUCCGGUCAUUGCAACCAACUGGGGAGUGAACCAGUGGAUGGAAGACCUCUCUCUGCAUCUCCUCUCUGUGUAAUUCUGACUUUCAAAUAAAUGAAUAAAUCUUUAAAAAAUUCAUAUAUUUAAAAUAUUUAUUAGGCAGAGUUAGUGGAAGAGACACCAAGAAAUCUUUCAUCUGCUGGUUCGCUCCCCAAAUGGCUGUAAAGAACAGAGCUGGGCCAGUUGAAGCCAAAAGCUGGAACUCCAUGCAGGUCUCCCUUGUGGGUGGCAGGGCCCCAAGUGGUGGGGCUGCCCUCACUGCUUUCCCAGGUGCAUCAGCAGGAAGCUGGAUUGGAAGUGGAGCAGCUGGGACCUGAGCUGGAGCUUAACAUGGGAUGCCAGCUCCACAAUGCCAGUCCCAAAAUCCACGUUUAUACACAGUGUUUUGAAUUAACUGUUUAUUACUUUAAAUCAGGGGUAGGCAGUGUCCAGCCCAUGGGUAGCAUAAGUCCCAUGAAAUCAUUUGGUUUGGUUCUGCCAAGGCAGCUGCAGGCGGGACUUGAAAUUCACUAAGUCUACAGCAGGCCAGUUUUACAGUGAUAAUUUUGUGUGGCCCCUGAGUGAUGUAAAUAUCCAGAUGGCCCUUGGCAGAAAAAAAAGGUUCCACAGCCCUGUAAGGACUCGGAGGUUCUCUCCCAGAGCCAUCAGGUGCCAGUCCUGUCUUUGGAAUUCGCAGAGCUUGAGCAAGCUGAGCCUUCACAGUUAGCCCUUUAGCUGCACACUGACAAAUAUCACAAAUCCCGAAGACAGUAUUUUAAUUCUCUGCUUGACAUACCUCUAAAAAUGUUUUUGCUACAUUACUGUGUAUUAUUUGAUUGUCUCCUUAUUUUGUAACAUUUUCUAUAGAGAACAGAAAGGUAAUUCCGUUUUCUAGAAGAGUUGAUCAGAAUGUGUUUAUUGCCAAUAGUUGGUAUGGAAAAAGCAUGCGGCUCCACAGAACUGCUGUAUCGCUACCGCUGAGGCUUGUGCCUGAAAACCAAAUGUGGGUAAAUGCUGUUGUCUCAGUCCCAGUUUAAAAAAAGACGCACUUACAUUUGCUGUGUUGCCGCAAAUAUCUCUUUUCUGCAUAUCUGAGUUGUUUGUACUUGUAUCCAUAUAACCAGAGGCACAGCUUACUAAAGUGCAUCUGGGCCUUUGAGGGGGCCUUGGAACUCAACCUUGCUCCAGCUUUGAAUACCAAAGGCUACAACUAUGAUAAAAUUACAAAAGACUGAUGUGUGAACUGAUAAAUGUAAGGUAAAGUUCUUGUAUCUUAAAAUAAGGUUUAACAAUUGUAGAAAUUGUUAGGAAAAUGGCAGUCUUAUCUAUGGCAGCAUCUGCACCCUGAUUUGCAUCCUACCACUGAUGCCAAGCUCUACCCCAACCUAAUGGGAUUGGCUAUUCCUGCUUCCCUGCCCGCCCCCUGGAAAAGGUACAUUAGGCCCCCUUCCCAGACACGUGGCCCUUUUUUCCCUUUUUCGCCCCACCCCUCCGGUCUGCUGGGUUUUCCCCAAUAAACACUUUCCCUUA